AUGGCUCAACGCAAGGACUCGAAGCCGGCCGAGCAUGCCGACAAGUUUCUGAAGAUGUCGGAUGAGGAGCGGAUCAAAGUUUUGUUGGAGGAGUUUGCGCAAAAAAAGGACGAUGACUGGUCCUCCCACCUCCUCCCCUCCCUAACCCUGCACUCCAUCACGCCCGCCUCCCCCCCGACUCGUCCCUACCCCCUCGUAACCUUCAAAUUUACCGUCCACCCAACCCACUGCAACCGCCUACGCAACCUGCACGGCGGCUGUGCAGCCACUCUCUUCGACUUCUGCACGUCGAUCCCCCUUGCCCUCGUGGCACGCCCGGGGUUCUGGAGCUACCUCGGCGUUUCUAGGACGUUGAAUGUUACGUACCUGAGACCGGCGCCCGAGGGGUCGACGGUGCUGGUCGAGUGCGAGAUUGUCGGGGUAGGGAAGAGACUUUGCACGGUGAGGGGCACGAUGAGACGGGUCGAGGACGGGACGGUGUUAAUGGUUUGUGAGCAUGGGAAGGUUAAUACGGAUCCGGAUGUGGCGUCUAAGCUUUGA